CCCUUGGCCAGCUGACGAGUCGUCCAGCCAUCUAUCUUUCCAUCUAGCCCAUCCAUUCGGGCACUUUGUGCGCGGGAGUUGGGUCAAAUGUUUUAAUUUCCGCACCAAUGUCUCUAACGGAAAUUACUUAAAAAACAAGAAAAAACAAUGUUCAUGACCCGCGGCCGAAUGUCAAUCGCCUGCAGGGCACCUCGUUAUCUUGCCCAUGGGCUGGGAAUAAUUAGUAGGAAUACAAGUACUUCAUAAACCCACUUUUGCUGGCUAUAAAUAUUCUAUUCAGAUUAGCGCAGCUAUCGCUCUAAAGUAUCGCAUGCACUUUGUAUUACAUUUGAAUCCGGGGCCGAUUAGAUUUACUCGUGAGUACGCCGCUCCCGGAUCGCUCGGAUCGGCUGUGCCGGAGUAAUCGGCGAUUCAGAGUGCGAAAUGCUGUGGCUUCUGCUGGUUGUGCUGCUCCUCGCGGCGGGCUGGAUCAUCCAUCUGGGCCAGGCCGAUCGCCGCCGGAAGGUGGCCAAUCUGCCGGGUCCCGUGUGUCCGCCGCUCAUCGGAGCCCUCCAACUCAUGCUGCGCAUGAACCCUAAGACAUUCCUGAAGUUGGGUCGGCAGUACGUGACCCAUUAUGGUCACCUCCAGCGGGUCUGGGUGUUCAAUCGCCUGCUGAUCAUGAGUAGCGAUGCGGAGCUCAAUGAGCAGCUGCUGAGCAGCCAGGAGCACCUGGUGAAGCAUCCGGUGUACAAGGUGCUCGGUCAGUGGCUGGGAAACGGACUCCUCCUCAGCGAUGGCAAGGUGUGGCAUCAGCGCCGCAAGAUCAUCACUCCCACGUUCCACUUCUCGAUCCUCGAGCAGUUCGUUGAGGUCUUCGAUCAGCAGUCCAACAUUUGUGUGCAAAGGCUGGCGCAGAAGGCCAAUGGCGAGACCUUCGAUGUUUACCGGAACAUUUGCGCAGCCGCCUUGGAUAUUAUAGCAGAAACAGCCAUGGGCACUAAGAUAUAUGCCCAGGCCAACGAGAGCACGCCCUAUGCAGAGGCUGUGAAAGAGUGCACAGCCCUGUUGAGCUGGCGAUUCAUGUCGGUUUAUUUGCAAGUGGAGCUGCUCUUCACGCUCACCCAUCCUCACCUGAAGUGGCGACAGACGCAGCUCAUCCGCACAAUGCAGGACUUCACCAUCAAGGUGAUCGAGCAGCGUCGUCGGGCCUUGGAGGAUCAGCAGAAGCAAUCCAGGUUGAUGGACACCGCCGAUGAGGAAGUGGGCUCUAAGAGGCGUAUGGCCCUACUGGAUGUCCUGCUGAUGGCCACUGUUGAUGGCCGACCUUUGAACAACGAUGAGAUCCGCGAAGAGGUGGACACCUUCAUGUUUGAGGGUCACGAUACCACCACAAGUGCCUUGUCCUUCUGCCUGCACGAGCUUUCGAGGCACCCGAAAGUGCAGGAAAAGAUGCUGGAGGAGAUCCUUCGGGUGCUGGGCACCGAUCGCAGCCGACCAGUCAGCAUUCGGGAUCUCGGAGAGCUGAAGUACAUGGAGUGCGUCAUCAAGGAGUCCCUGAGGAUGUAUCCACCCGUGCCCAUCGUGGGCCGCAAACUGCAGACUGAUUUUAAGUACACGAAUUCUGUGUACGGCGAUGGAAUAAUUCCAGCGGGCUCAGAGAUCUUGAUCGGAAUCUUUGGAGUCCAUCGACAAGCAGAGACCUUCUCCGAACCGGAUGAGUUUAUUCCGGAGCGACACGAAGACGGAACUCGCGUGGCUCCCUUCAAAAUGUUACCUUUCAGUGCCGGUCCCAGGAAUUGCAUAGGUCAGAAGUUUGCCCAGCUGGAGAUGAAGAUGAUGCUGGCCAAGAUUGUGAGGGAGUACGAACUCCUGCCCAUGGGUCAGAGGGUGGAGUGCGUCGUGAACAUUGUCCUGCGAUCGGACACGGGCUUUCAGCUGGGAAUGCGGAAGCGCAGUAACACAUAAGCUCUGAGGCAGGGAUUUUAAUAUAAAACAUCUACUGACUAGACUACUACAGAUACCAAUAUUUUACAAGUCGUAUCUUUGAGUAUUAUCUUAAGAACUAGAGACUAUCGAACAUAAAAUGUUUGCCUUUUACCAGCAGAAUAAAAGUAAGAUUCUUUUCUCUUUAAA